AUGACGAUUGAUGAAACUCAAAGGGGCCCAGCAAACUCCAUGGUCAAUAAGGACAUUGGUAGCUUGCCAUCUCAAUUUCCCACAUUACCCGACAAUGUGAUGCAAAUGUUCAUGUUGACUGGAAAGUCAGCUGCCAUCACUGGAGGCGCAAGAGGUAUUGGAUACGUUAUCUCAGAGGCAUACUGCCAAGCAGGUGUACAGAACUUGGCUAUUAUUGAUUAUGCGGAUAAUCCAACAGCUAUUGAAGAAUUAAGAGAGAAAUACCCGAAGACGACAGUUAUCUUCCGUAAUUGCGAUGUCCGCAAAUCGGAGCAGGUCAAGAAUGUUAUUGAGGAUAUUCACAAAGAAUUCAAGGCUAUUGAUAUAUUUGUUGCCAAUGCUGGUAUCGCUUGGACUUCAGGUGCUCUUAUUGACCAAGACGAUGAUGUUGAAUGGAAUAAUGUUUUCAACAUUGAUUUAAAUGGUGUUUACCAUUGUGCCAAAUACGUUGGUAGGAUUUUCAGAGAACAAGGUAGAGGUUCUAUGGUCAUGACUGCUUCCAUGUCUGCUCACAUUGUUAAUGUUCCUAACUUCCAAGCUUGCUACAACUCAGCGAAAGCCGCAGUUCUUCACUUAAGUAAGUCAUUGGCGGUUGAGUGGUCCGCGUUCGCAAGAUGUAACUCUGUAUCACCAGGUUAUAUUGCAACCGAAUUAUCUGAUUUUGUCCCUGAGGAACAGAAGAAUGGUUGGUACGCUUUAACUCCAAAAGGAAGACAAGGUCUCCCAAGAGAAUUGGCAGGUGCAUACUUGUACCUAGGCUCUGAUGCAUCUACUUUUACUACUGGUGCUGAUUUGAGGGUCGACGGUGGUUACUGUUCGGUCUAA